UUAAAAACUGGCUGGAGGAGGGACACUAGGUGUGACAGGCCUUGGUGUUUUAUGAGCAGGAUGCAAGAUUGGAUCGGCUAGCUGUCCCUGAGCUCUAAUACAGAGCCUUCCCCAUUGUGGAUUCAUUCACUGCAGAGCCUCAUUCCCCACUUAAUGUGAUCCAGACCUGGGCAACCCAUAUCCUUCUGGAUUUAAAUGCAACAAAAUAAUAUCAGCCUUCCACUGUUUUCUUUCAAUCAAUUUUUGAUGGCUUUAGAUAGGCAUUAAUAGUGAUGAAGAGAUUGUAGGAACCUACUCUUUAAUGAGAGGUCUGAAGGAGAGUGAAACUGCCAUCCUCCAUGCUGAUAAAACUCAGGGCUGAGCUGGAUGCCAGCAUCCAUGAUGUCGUGAAUGUGGAGAUUGGUGAAAGAAGAGGAGACAUUACUCCACAGGCACCCCUUUUCCCUUCUCCAUUGCAUUUUGAUUUGCUUCAUUUUUCCCCAUGGUUAGGUUAACGCACGGCCACUGCUGGAUGUGAUUUGUUUGCCAUGUGGCUCCUGAGGCUAAAGCACCAUCUGUCCAUCAACAUCUGGACCCUGCUGCUUCUGGGGAGUGCUUGGCUGCCAUUGGAAGAAGGCACUCCCAAGUCCUCCUCUCACUUUAGGACUUUCCAGGUCACAGACUGGAGUUUGACACACUUGGUGGUCCACAACAAAACUGGGGAGGUGUAUGUGGGUGCUGUCAACCGGAUCUAUAAGCUUGCACAUGAUCUGACACUGAUGCGCACUCAUGUUACAGGACCAGUGGAUGACAAUGAGAAGUGCUACCCACCACCCAGUGUGCAGUCUUGCCCACAUGGUCUUGUCAGCACCAACAAUGUCAACAAGUUGCUGCUGGUGGAUUAUUCUGGGAACCGACUGAUAGCCUGUGGCAGUGCUUCUCAGGGCAUUUGCCAGUUUCUGCGCUUGGAUGACCUUUUCAAGUUGGGUGAGCCCCACCAUCGCAAGGAGCACUACCUCUCCAGCGUCAAUGAGUCAGGAACUAUGUCAGGUGUGAUCAUUGAAGUGAACAAUGGGCAAAACAAGCUCUUCAUUGGAACACCCAUCGAUGGCAAAUCUGAGUAUUUCCCUACCCUGUCCAGCCGCAAGUUGAUGGCCAGUGAAGAGAAUGCAGAGAUGUUUGGCUUUGUUUAUCAGGAUGAGUUUGUAUCAUCCCAGCUCAAGAUCCCAUCAGAUACACUGUCCAAGUUCCCCACAUUUGAUAUCUACUACAUCUACAGCUUCAGCAGUGAGCAGUUUGUCUACUACCUGACCUUGCAACUGGACACUCAACUUACCUCACCUGACUCUACUGGAGAGCAAUUUUUCACCUCCAAGGUCGUCCGGCUGUGUGUGGAUGACCCCAAGUUCUACUCAUAUGUGGAGUUCCCCAUUGGCUGUGUUCGAGAUGACAUUGAAUACCGCCUGAUUCAGGAUGCUUACCUCAGUAAGCCUGGAAAGGCACUGGCCAAGCAGUUGGGCAUCUCAGAGCAGGAGGAUAUUCUCUUCACAAUCUUCUCUCAGGGCCAGAAAAACAGGAUCAAGCCACCAAAGGAAUCUGUCCUUUGCCUCUUCACAUUGAAGAAGAUCAAAGACAAGAUCAAGGAGCGCAUCCAGUCUUGUUACCGUGGGGAGGGGAAGCUUUCUUUGCCCUGGCUUUUGAACAAAGAAUUGGGAUGCAUCAAUUCACCCCUGCAAAUUGAUGACAAUUUCUGUGGUCAGGAUUUUAACCAGCCAUUGGGUGGAACAGUCACCAUUGAAGGUGUGCCACUCUUUGUGGACAAGGAAGAUGGCAUGACAUCAGUGGCUGCUUAUGACUACCGUGGCCACACCGUGGUCUUUGCUGGCACACGAAGGGGCAAGAUAAAAAAGAUCCUCGUGGACCCUGCCAAUCCCAUUGGACGUUCAGCUUUGCAGUAUGAGAAUGUCAUAGCCCAUGAAGGCAGCUCCGUCCUGCGGGACUUAGUGCUCAGCCCUGAUCUCCAAUACCUCUAUGCCAUGACUGAAAAACAGGUGACUCGUGUGCCAGUGGAGAGUUGUGAGCAAUAUACAACCUGUGCGCUAUGUUUGGGCUCCAGGGACCCUCACUGUGGCUGGUGUGUCCUACACAACAUCUGUUCACGGAAGGACCGAUGUGACAGAGCUGAUGAACCUCAGCGCUUUGCUUCAGAUCUACGCCAGUGUGUCCAGCUCACUGUACAGCCCAAGAAUAUAUCAGUCACCAUGUCAGAGGUCCCACUGGUCCUGCAAGCCAGGAAUGUCCCUGAUCUCUCUGCUGGUGUGAACUGUUCAUUUGAAGAUUUUACAGAGUCUGAAAGUCGCAUUGAAGAUGGCAAGAUCUACUGUAGCUCUCCUUCUACAAAAGAUGUCAUUCCUAUUACUAGGGGGCGAGGCGAUAAACGAGUGGUAAAGCUCUACCUUAAAUCCAAGGAGACUGGGAAAAAGUUUGCAGCUGUGGAUUUUGUCUUUUACAACUGUAGUGUUCACCAAUCUUGCCUGUCCUGUGUGAAUGGAUUCUUCCCUUGCCAUUGGUGUAAAUAUCGUCACAUUUGUACUCACAAUGCUGCUGACUGUUCCUUCUUGGAAGGACGUGUCAACAUGUCUGAGGACUGCCCACAGAUCCUUCCAUCUACCCAGAUAUAUAUCCCUGUGGGUGUGGUGAAGCCCAUCACCUUGACAGCCAAAAACCUGCCGCAGCCACAGUCUGGACAGCGCAAUUAUGAGUGCAUCUUCCAUAUUCCUGGCAGCCCCACCCGUGUCACUGCCCUGCGCUUUAACAGCACCAGCAUCCAGUGCCAGAACACUUCGUAUUCCUAUGAAGGGAAUGGCAUCAGUGACCUCCCGGUGAACCUUUCCGUGGUAUGGAAUGGAAACUUCAUUAUCGACAAUCCCCAGAACAUCCAGGCUCACCUAUACAAGUGCUCAGCUCUGCGCAAAAGCUGUGGGCUGUGCCUGAAGGCAGAUCCACGCUUUGAGUGUGGCUGGUGUGUGUCAGAAAAGCGAUGUUCCCUGCGCCAACAUUGCCCAGCCUUUGAAAGCAGCUGGAUGCAUGCUAGCAAUGGCAAUAGCAGAUGUGCAGAUCCCAAAAUCAAUAAGCUGACACCUGAAACAGGCCCCCGGCAGGGUGGUACUCGUUUAACCAUCACUGGCGAGAACCUUGGCCUGAAGUUUGAGGACGUACGCUUGGGUGUGCGGGUUGGCAAAGUGAUGUGCGUUCCCAUCGAGAGGGAGUAUAUCAGCGCUGAGCAGAUCGUCUGUGAGAUUGGAGAAGCCAGCCCUAGCAAAAUCCAAGAUGCCCCUGUGGAAGUUUGUGUCAGGGACUGCUCCCCCAGCUACAGGGCUAUAUCCCCCAAAAGUUUCACCUUUGUGACUCCCACUUUCUCACAAGUGGCUCCAGCUCGGGGUCCUGUCUCUGGGGGCACCUGGAUCAGCAUAAAAGGAAAGCAUCUCGAUGCAGGAAGUGACAUCACAGUGAUCAUUGGAGAGCAACCAUGUGCCUUUCCAAGGAGAAGUGCCAAUGAAAUCCAGUGUAGAACACCACGUGGCCAGAUUUCGGGAGAGUCAUCCAUCUUCAUUCACAUAAACCGGGCUGUACUUAGCAGCCCUGAGGUGGCAUAUUUCUAUACAGAUGACCCCACCAUUCAUAAGAUAGACCCCGAGUGGAGCAUCAACAGUGGUGGGACACUGUUAACUGUGACAGGCACCAAUCUGGCCACUAUCAAAGAACCCAGGAUCCGAGCCAAGUAUGGCAGUGCUGAAAGUGAGAAUAACUGCACAGUCUACAACGACACCACCAUGGUGUGCUAUGCUCCUUCCAUUGACAACCCAGCACGGAGUCCUCCAGAGCUUGGUGAUCGCCCAGAUGAGAUAGGUUUUGUCAUGGAUAAUGUCCAGGCCUUACUGAUCAUCAACAAAACCAACUUCGUCUAUUAUCCAGACCCUGUGUUUGAGUCUCUCCCCUCUGGAAUGCUGGAACUCAAGCCAAGCUCUCCACUCAUCCUCAAGGGCCGCAACCUGCUUCCUCCGGCAUCUGGAAAUUCCCGGCUAAACUACACAGUGCUAAUUGGUGACACCCCCUGUGCUCUUACGGUUUCUGAGACACAGCUUCUCUGCGAGUCACCAAAUCUCACAGGACAGCACAAAGUGACGAUCAAGGCCGGGGGCUUUGAAUUCUCCCCAGGAACACUACAGAUCUAUUCAGACAACUUGUUGACCCUUCCAGCCAUUAUUGGCAUUGGUGGGGGCGGGGGUCUCCUCUUGCUCAUCAUCAUUAUUGUCCUCAUUGCAUACAAGCGGAAAUCACGAGAUGCUGACCGUACCCUCAAACGUCUCCAGUUGCAGAUGGACAACUUGGAGUCCCGUGUGGCCUUGGAGUGCAAGGAAGCUUUUGCCGAGCUUCAGACAGAUAUACAUGAGCUGACCAAUGACUUGGAUGGAGCUGGCAUUCCCUUCUUGGAUUAUCGCACCUAUGCCAUGAGGGUCCUCUUCCCAGGAAUAGAAGACCAUCCUGUGCUGAAGGAAAUGGAGGUCCAGGCAAAUGUGGAGAAGUCCUUGACCCUUUUUGGGCAGCUCUUGAACAAAAAGCACUUCCUGUUGACUUUCAUUCGCACCCUGGAGGCACAACGUAGUUUUUCCAUGAGGGAUCGGGGCAAUGUGGCUUCUUUAAUCAUGACAGCGCUGCAGGGUGAGAUGGAGUAUGCCACCGGAGUGCUCAAGCAGCUUCUCUCAGACCUGAUUGAAAAGAACUUGGAGAGCAAGAACCAUCCAAAAUUGCUCUUGAGGAGGACAGAGUCGGUGGCUGAAAAAAUGCUGACAAAUUGGUUCACGUUCCUCCUGUACAAGUUCUUAAAGGAGUGUGCAGGUGAACCUCUGUUCAUGCUUUACUGUGCCAUCAAACAGCAGAUGGAGAAGGGACCCAUUGACGCCAUCACAGGAGAAGCCCGCUACUCCUUAAGUGAAGACAAGCUCAUCCGUCAGCAAAUUGACUACAAAAUGCUGACACUGAACUGUGUGAACCCUGAGAAUGAAAACGCUCCUGAGAUCCCAGUCAAGGUUCUAAACUGUGACACCAUCACACAAGUGAAGGAGAAGCUUCUGGAUGCUGUGUACAAAGGAGUUCCUUACUCCCAGAGACCCAAAGCAGGAGACAUGGAUCUGGUGAGCACGAUCCCCAGUGACCCCAUGCCCUUCUCUUCCAUCGGUGCAGAGUGGCGGCAGGGCAGGAUGGCUCGGAUAAUACUGCAAGAUGAAGAUGUAACCACAAAGAUCGACAAUGACUGGAAAAGGCUCAACACUCUAGCCCAUUACCAGGUGACUGAUGGCUCCUCUGUGGCAUUGGUGCCUAAACAGAAUUCAGCCUACAACAUUUCUAACUCCUCCACCUUCACCAAAUCACUCAGCAGAUAUGAGAGUAUGCUCCGGACAGCCAGCAGCCCUGACAGUCUCCGUUCCCGGACCCCCAUGAUCACUCCUGACCUGGAGAGUGGCACCAAGCUGUGGCAUCUGGUGAAGAAUCAUGAUCAUAUGGACCAACGAGAAGGUGAUCGUGGCAGCAAGAUGGUCUCAGAAAUCUACUUGACCCGUCUGCUAGCCACCAAGGGGACCUUGCAGAAGUUUGUUGAUGACCUGUUUGAGACCAUUUUUAGCACCGCCCACCGAGGGAGUGCCUUGCCUCUGGCCAUCAAGUACAUGUUUGAUUUCCUGGAUGAACAAGCUGAUAAGCACCAGAUCAACGAUUAUGAUGUCAGGCACACUUGGAAGAGUAACUGUCUACCUCUGCGUUUUUGGGUGAAUGUGAUUAAGAACCCCCAGUUUGUGUUUGACAUUCACAAGAACAGUAUUACUGAUGCCUGCCUAUCAGUGGUGGCUCAAACAUUCAUGGACUCCUGCUCAACUUCUGAGCAUAAGCUAGGGAAAGAUUCUCCCUCCAAUAAACUACUGUAUGCCAAGGACAUCCCCAACUAUAAGAGCUGGGUAGAAAGAUAUUAUGCAGAUAUUGCUAAAAUGCCAGCAAUCAGCGACCAAGACAUGAGCGCCUACCUGGCAGAGCAGUCACGGUUACACCUGAGCCAGUUCAACAGUAUGAGCGCGCUGCACGAGAUCUAUUCAUACAUCACCAAGUACAAGGAUGAGAUCUUAGCUGCUUUAGAGAAGGACGAACAGGCCCGAAGGCAGCGGCUGCGAAGUAAGUUGGAGCAGGCAAUUGACACAAUGGCCCUCAGUAGCUGAAAAGGUCGAGAUAGUGCUGCAGACUUCCCUAGCGGUGGCUUCCAAGGGAGAGUGGGGCAAGCGAGUUCCAGCAGCAGGAAAGCAAGCAAGAAGACAUUGGGGCCUAGCACCAAACAGUGCACAGAGUCUGCUGCGUCUCAGAACAGACAGACAGCAAAAACUUAUACUGCUGUUCUCUAAAGCAAACUGAACCUUUCUAAGAAACGUUUGGAAGGAGCGACGUAGCUAAGAACCUGAAGGACCCCAGGAGAUGCACAAGGAGGCUGGCAAGAAGAAUCGCAGCUCCGCUGCCACUGCCCCCAUCUCUGGCCCCCACCAAGACCCGUUCCAGAUCUGGUGAUGGAAGGUUCGGGACUGCACUAACUCCUAGGACAAUGUUUUUACAUUAUGGGUUUUCUGUAGCAGGCGGGUGGGUAGGCUUAUAAUUCCCCCCCUUCUGUACUUGCUUCCUUCCCCGCCUUGCCUGGACAGCUCUACUCUUUCUCUUCUCUCCCAUUCUCUCCGGCCUUCUCCCUCUAGUGUUAACUGCUAUAUUUGCACAAUUUCCACAAGCAAAGUUUUUUGGGUUUUUUUAAGAUUAAAAAUAUUGGGGGGGGGGUCUAAAUUUUCAACAAAACAUGCAGGAGUUUUAAAUAUUUUAUUUCAACACAAAGAAAGGAGCAUUAUUUGUUUGGGAUAGAAGGGGUAAAUGGGUCCAAGAGAAGAGUCCAGGGAACUUUGAUUCUUCCUGCACUUUGCCCUGUGCCAUAUUUUGUUUGAAUGUCAUUUAGCACAGGCCAAAUAGAUGCUCUUGUUUUGAAUGCUGCUUACUAGGGUGCUGGAGUUUUAGAUACAAGAAAGCAAGGAACUUACAAAAAGCAGGGUGGCCAUAUGUGGCCAGCGCCAAAGGGAAACCUCUCACCUGUCUGUGAUGACAGAGCUGGUAAGUUACUUUGUGGAAAGUGGCACAUCUUCGAGAAAAGUCUCUGCUUUGCCUUUUUAUAGCUUAAGACAGGAUGAGCUAUUUGUAAAAUGAGCUUAGCAACUCUUCAAAAGCUCAGCCUCAACCCCAUAGUAGACCCCCAAUUGCCCCAUUUGUAAAUGUUCCACUUGGAGGGCAUUUUUACAUAGGGGAACUUUCAAAGAAGUGACUCUACCAUGUUUAGCCACUGUAUGGGCACAGUCAAUGGGGAUGCCCAUUUGAACCAACUCUCAGUAUUGUUGUAAAGGAAAUAUGUCAUAGUAAAGGACGCAGUUGGACCUGAUAGGUUCUGGGCCUUGCACAAGGCCUACAGAAGAGAUUCUUCUGCGGUCUCCCUUUCUUGCAGUCUCUGGUAACAUUGGGCCUAGUCAGAGAAAUCAUGAGGUCAGUCUACAUCCAAAGAGACGAGGAACCAAGUGAUCUAGCAUGGAGCUGCAGUUUAACACUGACAGAAACAGGAUAGAAGCAGGUUGCCCCUUUUGUUUUUUCUGGCUGCAUUCAGACAUGGGGUUUAUUGCGUUAGUUUUACUGAUUAUAAUGGUAGCAUUGGUGUCCCAAUUUCUGAUGUUCCUUUCACACUGCAGUACCUGUUGCAUUAUGGAACAGUGGCUUUUUGACCACUAUACUAUCAUGUCGCACUAAAUUGCAUUCAUAACAGUGGGCAUGGUGUGACACAACAAUGAACAUCAUUGGGCAUGUUGCUGUUCCCUCAUCCUUUCCACACAUGUGCUCAUCUGUUCUCCCAUGAUUCACCCAUGAAAACGUUGGGAAGGAACUGUAUGCUGAUAUACCACCCCAAAUUUUGUCACUUUAGCCCCCACGAUUUUCUGGGUUAAAGGGGUUGGAAACAGAUUUUUUUUUCUGGAAGCAAUUAACGUAGAAAUAAGUGCUAAACUUCCACUACAUUCCACUCGAUUUCCAGAAGUGACUUUUACAUCAUGUGAAAGAUCAAAUAAAAAGUGAAAAUUAUCAGGUAAGGAAAUGUCGGGAAAAUGAAAUAAACUGCUGUCUAAAUGCAGCCAGAGUUGUGUGUGUAUGUGUCUGUACAUCUACACACACCACUUUAAAAUAUUUGAUAUAUGCAUGAUCCCAUUUUCAGCAGAAAGCAAAGCACCUCCAUUUUUGUUUAGGUAGCAAUGAAGGCCCAUACUCUAAACAUUCUUGUAAUUCCACUCUGCAGGACAUCCCUUUGCAGUUGUGACAGCAACUCCAUCAGUGGAUUUGUUUCAGGUUAGGCCUAUGAGAAAAGGGUGAGAUAGUACAAAUAGGAAGAAAUGAGUUUGCAGCAGGAAUCAUUAAAUCAUCUGUGGUAUUUGCUUUGGCUAUCUUGGUUUGACAUCAGUCUGGAGAGCAGGGCAAUAGUAAUCUCAAUAGGGAGAGCACUACUGUCUAUGGUUGGCACCAGGGCCUGAUGGAAAAGCUCCAGAGAGGUAACUCCUGCAUCUGAGUACUACUUUCUGUUCUCUGUUACUUGAUUCAGCCCAAAGGCUGUGUCCUCUUUCUACUAGGGAACUCGUUGCUGGCUAGCUUUGGACUUCUCCUGGUUAGCAAACUGCAGUGUAGGAGGCCAGAGGGAACACAUGCCAAUAUUGUGACAGAGCAGAAAAGUCUGCAAAAGAAGAGCCUGGCGCUGUUAGUUACUGCCACAUUAUCUGGGGUGUGAUCAGAUACUUCCAGUGCAAUUCAAGACAAAGUUUCCCUUACUGCUGCCACAGUGUUUUCCAAGACAUCUUGCAUCAUAUGGGGAUGUUGUACGUUACCUUUGUUUUGUGUCUGCUCACUCCUAAGGGUCAGAAGGUGUCCUCAUUUAAAAAAACAAAAAAAACCCUCCUGUCCUUGGAAUGUAAGAGCUCCAACUUUGAAAUGUGAAUUCUGUACUAUUGGAAAGGAGUCUUUUAUUCAUUAGUGACAGUUAAUCAAUUCACUGAAAUAAUACAUUUUUGAAUUUAAAAAAAACCCUGCACACUGAAUGAAGCAUUUCUGAAGGUCCUGAAAUGCCCAUUUGGUCUGAGUUUCCCAGACCAACCCUAACAAAGAGCCAGUAUAUCCCAUAUCCAGGCUAACCCACCAGAGAUGAGAGAUACAAGCCUCUUAAGGGACCUCUUAGAAAUUUUCUAAAAUCUGUUUCCCUUCGCUCCUCUCUUUUGUUCAUUAUCUCUACACCAUUCCAUUCAGUGUUCUGUCCUUCAGACUCUUAAUCCCCUCCGUUCAGUUCCUGACAAACAUAAUGCCUUUAAUUGUCAUUUAAAGUCUACUAGUAUGAUGAAGCCACUGCCCUAAUUCAACUCAGGUGACCAAACCCACCAAAUUUUCAGCCUUCACCCACCCACCCAGUACCAAGAAACUCAGUUCCUAUCUCAGCCUAGGUAAUGUUGAGAGAGGGGCUAUUGCAGAACAUACCGAGCCUGGUCCUGUCUAUUCCCUUAGAGUAAUAAGGGGAGGAGAGGGAUGUAAUGAAGUUUUUAAUUAAAAUUAAAAGUGUGUGUGUGUAUAUAUAUAUAUAUGUUGUCACAAUCUAAUUCUUGUGCCCCAGUGGGGCAACUGAAGGAGAUCAAACCAAUAUCAAAUAUGGCUUUCACACAAACAGUGGAAAAUACCAAAUGGAUAAAACUUCAAACAUUUCUCACCGAGCAGAACAAUCUUUUGAAGCCUAUAUACAUCUCAGAUUGCUUUGUAAUUUUGUUUUUAGCCUUUUUAAUUAUUUUUAAUUAAAGAGGAAAAAGAGAAGACAAUGAAAAUAAAAAAAAUAAAAAAACCUUAUGGAUUCCUGAGAUGUCUCUGGAUCCAGAAGACCUGUGGGCUGUUGCAUGACUGUGCUAGAGUUUAGUCUGAGUUCAACUUUUUUUAAAAGGAAAAGAAAUGCAAGUGUUGAAUACUAGAGGUUUGUUUAGACCUUUUUAUUUUUGAAAUUUUGGAAUUAAUUUGUCACCUUGUACAAGAAAAAAAAAUAGAAUUAACAACUGUUUAUUUCUGGAAAAUGGUACUCACAACCCUUAAAGGACAGCUAAGUGUUGCCGCACACAAAAGAUACUGUAAUAUUUUACAGGUUCCCUCCCCUCCUUGCAGUUUGCCUAAAGUGUAUUUGGAAGCAUAAAUCAUUACAUUAUUGAUGCAUAAAAGAGGUAGAGGCUGGAUUUUUCAGCUUGAUGUAAGUCAGCACAAAAGUGCUUCAUAGAAGCAGCUGAUCAAAUCCUUCAUCUCUUGAUUUCAUGGAGAGCAAACGUUUGACUGGAAAAUAUCCACAUACCUUUCUCAAGAGCUAGCUGCUUAUCUUAUCCAGGUAUCUCAGCAAUAACAACUUGGGAAACAUCACUAAAAAUUUUUAAGUAGGUUCCCUCAAGUGAGCAACUUUGUCUUGGGUCCUUCUGUACAAUAAAAGCACAAUAAAGUGCAUUAAAGUUGGGUUAAUUUGAAGGACCUGCAGAAUGCAAGUGAAAGACCUAGCUCAGUUAAUUGCAUUGUAUCUUCUCAGUUACUGGCUUUCAAUUAACCAAGUUGCCUCCAUAAUUCUGUAGAUGGCCCAUGGGAGAAAGGAGCCCUUAGCAAAACUGUAGAGACUAAACUUGCCAAUGAAGGGUGUGUGGGGAUGGGAAAUAAUUUCCCGGUGUCUUCCAGACUCCCUGCCCAGCGAACAAACCACUUCAGCUGAAAUAGCCAGAAAGUAAUAGAACUAAGUUCCCAUCUAGUGGCAUCCCACCACAACCACAAAGGGUACACAGGCAAGCACCAAGAUGGUAAGACUUAAAUUAGAUAUCCCGGUAAAUACAUUUCCACAUGCAAAGUGGAACUCAACUCAUUAAAAACUGAAUAAAUGAAGUGAAGGCAAAGUUCAAAGUUUAGGCUGUGAAAAUAGGGUGUUUCCCCCUGCUUUUUGGCCAUGCGAAACUCUUUUCUGUGGAUGUGUAAUUGUCAAUACUGAAACACCUAUUGGUGGUCUGCUCUGUGUGUGCCUGUGCAUACACACAUGGUUGGGCUUCCCUUGCCUCUAAUGCCACCUUUGUCAAUGACAAUUCUGCCGUAGAAACAGAGCCAGUGACUUUGCAGACAAUGCCUGAGGCAGAAGAGAAACUCGGUGGUUCUCCCAUAGGUGGUGAGGAGAGACAAAUAGGAAGGGGACACCCAAGUCCAAAUUUUCAUCUUUUUUUUCCAGCUCAGUGCUUACAAUUCCACUGAAAUCAACAGAAACUUUUUUGUCCACAGAUACUCUCACAGUGUGUUCCCAAAAAUUGAUUAACUGGGUCAUAACUAGAAGAUUGUUUCCUACACUUAUUUCCAAGAAGGGCAGUUUUAAUCCAUUUUUUCCUUUAACGGAUUUUGGUUGCUUUCACAUCAGGCCUUUUCUCUGGAAUUGCCAUCCUUUCUUCGCUCACUUUUUAUGGAACGUCCAGACAGCGUCCUCCUUUAACAUUGCAUUCCAGUUUUUUUUGUAUUGUCCUAUGUUUUUCCCCAGACCGGAUUCAUGGCAACAUUUUGGGUAAUAAAAUGUAAUUGGAGCACCAGCCUGUUUAGCAUGGCCAGGCAAAGCAUUAUUGGGGUUCAUAGGAAUUCCUGUACUAUAAAUUUAUCCUGUUUGCAGGUCCUACCUAUUUUAUAAUUUUCUGUUGAUCAUGGCUGGAGCAUUGGUAACUCAUUGUUCCUUAAUUGACUCAGUGUCAAUUUAUGUUUUGGAGGGAUUAUUAGUGACUUGCUUUCAUUAUUUUUAUAGUGAAAGGAAAUCAUUAAUAAAAUCUCCCACACACACACACACAUACACACAACAAUGAAAUUGGGGCAAUUAAUAGCCUAUUAAUCACUAAUUCUUCUAUCUGAAUUCAUCAAGAAGCAAUAAAACAAGUUGAACUGCUACAAAGAGGAAACGUUUAAUUAGUGUUGCCAAGAUCCUUUGCUGUAUAGUCCUUACAUAUGAGCAAACAUUAGUGGAGGAUCUAGGUCAUAUGGAAGGGCAUUUAUGGAUACAUAGAGCUAUGUUAAGUGCUUGUGUGGAAUCUGUUUUAAUUCUGCUUCCAGCUAAAUGCAAUGCCUCAGCAGUGAUAAAGGGCUCUAGUGUGGAAGCAACCUUAGCUGGAUUUUCCAGUGACCACUUGUCCUGAAUACUAAAAAGAAAGUUACUUUUAUUUGUCCUACUUUAAAUUGACACCUCACCACUGAUUAUUGAGUUUCUCCCCCAUUGAGAAACAUGCUCAUGUUCCAUCUUGGGCACACAAAGGAGUGGGGGACUAUUCAGGCAUAAAUUCACUGAAUACAUAGAUGGGAAAUAUGUGCAAAUGUCUGUCCUGUUGACUUGCAGAAUCGGAAAUGGGUUUGAUAUACAUACAUAAUUUGGUUAGAGAACAUAGUGGUGUGGUAUUUAGUGUCCAUGAAGAGAAAGUAUUUCAAAACACAUUGGGUCAAUAUAAUCUUUAUUUCUGUACACCCAUGAAAUUUUUUCUUCCUGCUUCCCACCUCCUUGUUGGUUUUGAAUUGUCUUUCUAAGAUGCCUAAGCUAUGAAUAUCUUCUGUGGCCACCUAGGCACUGUUUUUAGCCUCUUGUUCAUCUAUCACUAUGUUUCACUGAACUCUUAGUUUCAUAUUCGUGUUCAGAGUCAAUAUAACUCUGUGUGUAAGAUGAUGAAGGCAUGGAAGGGCUGUUUCUUUCAUGCUCUAAUUGUAAACUUCCCGGAAACAUCUGGCCGACUCCUCCUCCAUGAUAGACCUUGAUGGACCUUUGUUCUUAUCCACAGUGCAAGUCUUAUGUUCUUAACUGUUGCCUCCUUUGACCUUUCUGCUUCCUUUUGCUGCUCUGCAGGCUGCCUUUCUUCUUUUCACUUCUUUCCUUUGAGGGUCCAUUCUGACAAAACCAUUUGUGGUUUCAUCCCAUUAAAAGUGAAAUUAAAAGUGUGAGGAGGGGCACUAUUUUCCACAAGAAUAAAUAUUUUAUUCGCACUCUUCUUGAUCCAUCCAUAUGCACUAAGAUCUUUAGGGGCUUUCGCAGCAAUGCCAAAUCCCCUGGCAUUUCUGUAGUACUGCAGGACUACAGGAUUUUUAUGUGCAGUCAUGUGUAGUUCAUAGGAAGAUCGUUUGAUACGCAUUUUGAUGCUCAAGUGAUCACAGGAAAAGCAAAACAUAUACGCUGUUAAAAUCUGGAUAUAGGGCAACAUUCUGCUGAACUACUCUGCUGUCAUGGGCAUCAUUUGAUAAUUUGGCAGAAUUAGACAAAAAAAAAACCCUUCAAAAACCAAAGGACUGGGAUUGAAAAUGGCAGGAAGGCUACAGGGAAGAGACCUGGCUGAUUUGGAACAACUUGUGAACUAGGUACGUGUGUGUGUGUGUGUGUGUGUGUGUGUAGUCUGAGUAUAAUGAGAACCUAAAUUGGCAUUGGACAAGCUGGAUAUGCUGACAUGUCCUCCUUUGCCUUAGUGAUGUUGGUAUCACCACGGAUUUCUAAGAGCAAUUAAACUCAGGAACAGGUGGCUGUUUUUUUUUUUUAAAAGUCACCUAUAUAAUUUCAGUUUGCAAUUUUCCAGCAUCAUCUCAAUCCCCUUCUCCACAAAGCCAUUAUUAGUUCCAGGCAUUAGUGACUUCUAGAGAAGGUCUCCAUGAUUUGAGUAUUCCAUCAGAAAAAGUGCAGAUGAAAUACACCUUUUGUUUUUCAGGUGCUACUUUAGCUAUCCCUAUCCAUUGUUUAAAAUGCGUAAUCAUACAGUCCCUCCUGCCUUGUGCCCUCAGAUCCCUAUCCCCCAUGCCCUCUAACACUGGUGCUAUCUAAGAACAGGAUACAAUAGGAGUAGGAUGUAAAGGUGCACCUCAGCAGAAAUAUUGAAGGCACAGACUAGGAAAGGAACUCGUUCCAGCUCAUCUCAAUGGGAAUGUCAAAUGAUUGAGGUCCAAAAAUACAUAGUUCUUCUGAAAAAAUGGUUGGAACCAGCUAAUAAGGAAGUGUCUGUUUUUUUCUAUAUACCCUGAACCCUAUGUUGGUGGCAUUCCCUGUUCCUUGGACUCUGAAAGUAUAGGAACAGUCUCAAGCAGAAUGGGAUAGUGCACUAAUCAAGAUGGUGAGCAAAACCUUUUCCCCGUUGCAGUUUUCCUCUGAAUUGAGCACUUUUAAUUCUCCCUUGGAUUUAAUAUACAUACAAGGCUUGCCACUUUUUCUUUCAAAGGAACAUCAAGUCCACAGUUAGCUGUCCUUUAAGGAAAAGGGGAGGGGAUUGGCAUGGGAGGGGUGGAGCAGAGAAAAUAAUAAACAAAGAAUUUUAAUAGUAAAAUUUAAAAAUAAUAAAAUCAUGAAAACUUUAUGUGAUUGUUUCAGACUUGAAGCAACUGUGCCAGUGUGGCAGGUCGGCACCCUUUGAUUGUGUAAAUAUCCUGCUAUUUCCUAUUUUAAUGUUCUUCAGAUUUAGUACUUGUAAAUAAACACGCGCAACAAG